UGAAAAGUCUAACUGUAACUGGGAGUCUUUUAAAUUUGUAUAAAGCGGGAAAGAUAGAGUAUAAUUUUAAUUUUGUUCAUAUUUCGAACGUUGGAACAUGAAUCGCCCACUGGAAAGUGCUCAAAAGAUGAAUAAGGUGCAGCAAUCUUUACAUAAAACAGAACAAUCAUGUAAUACUCCAUGCAAACGUAGUAAGAAAGUCAUACCAAUGAAAGAAUUUACUAUUGAUGAUUUUGAUAUUGGACGACCACUUGGAAGAGGAAAAUUUGGACGAGUAUAUUUAGCUCGAGAAAAAAACUCGCAGUUCAUUGUUGCUUUAAAG